AAUUUAGAUUUUGCCUGCAUCUUCAAUUUCCAUAUACUUGUAAUCUCUUUCACUUCUCAUUCUCCUCCACUUCUUCAUCCAUUCUCAACAAACUCAGUUUCAGAUUCUGAGAAUGGCCACUAACACAUUGAUGAGUUGUGGCAUUGCCACUGCCUUCCCUUCUCUUCUCUCUUCUUCUAAGUCCAAAUUCUCCUCUUCACUCCCUCUUCCUAGUGUCAAUGGCUUCUCUCGUUUCACCAUGUCUGCUGAUUGGAUGCCCGGCCAGCCCCGCCCUCCUUAUCUCGACGGCUCCGCUCCUGGUGACUUUGGGUUCGACCCCCUUCGGCUAGGUGAGGUUCCUGAGAACCUUGAGAGAUUCAAGGAGUCUGAGCUCAUCCACUGCAGAUGGGCUAUGCUUGCUGUUCCUGGAAUCCUAGUACCAGAGGCCUUGGGAUUAGGCAACUGGGUGCAGGCACAAGAGUGGGCUGCAGUUCCUGGUGGUCAAGCAACCUACUUGGGCCAACCAGUUCCAUGGGGAACACUUCCAACCAUUUUAGUCAUUGAGUUCCUUGCCAUUGCCUUUGUUGAGCAUCAACGCAGCAUGGAGAAAGAUCCUGAGAAGAGAAAGUACCCUGGUGGUGCUUUUGAUCCUUUGGGCUACUCCAAGGACCCUGCAAAGUUCCAUGAAUACAAGGUCAAAGAAAUCAAGAAUGGUCGGCUAGCUUUGUUGGCUUUUGUUGGGUUCUGUGUGCAACAAUCAGCUUACCCAGGAACUGGACCAUUGGAGAACUUGGCAACUCACUUGGCUGAUCCAUGGCACAACAACAUUGGGGAUAUUAUCAUCCCCAGAACGCUUUCGCCUUGAAGAGAAAUUUAGUUAAUAUAUUCAAUUCACUGUAAAAUUCCCAUAUAACCAUCUGUAAUGAAACAGAAAUUUCCAUCUCA